UCCUGGCGCCAUGUCAAUAGUUGAUAUGAAUAAUAUCAAAAGAUUAGGUUCAGAGCUGGUUACAUACUUUGAAAUAGUCUGCAGUUACCGCCUAUGCGCCAUGGCAGCAUUUUACGCACACCCACCCACCCACACACACACACACACAUCUACAGUCCCACACACAAGUAGACCUAAACCAUUUGGGCAUUUUACACAUUAGCAAACACUCCACGGACCUUCGGUUGCUGACCAGGUGAGAUCCAAAUGAAGGGAUCGUGUUUGUUAGUGUAAUUCAAAUAGUCUAUGAAUUGUAACUUCUUCGGUUUUAACGCACAGCCUCCGUGAAGUCCCGCGAUACCCUCUGUGUCUACACAAGGCUGCCAGUUUCAAGUCCGUGUUGUAGGUGUCGCUGUUGACCACGUCUGCAUCUGCAGUACGAGUGUGUGCAGAGAGAGGAGGCUGCGUCUCAAGGCCAUUUUCAAAUCUCAUUGGUGGGCUUGUCAUGUGGUCGGGAGGCAUCCUGACUUGUUUUUCUUAGAUAUGUCAGCUUACAAAGGACAUCUCUCUCCUCUAAGGAGCUUAACCCCCAAAAAUGUCCUUUCCUAGCAGCUCUCCUGCGGCAAACACAUUUUUAGUGGACUCUUUAAUUGGUGCUUGUAGGACGGACAGCUUUUACUCCAGCAGCAACAUGUACAUGCCGUCUGGCACAGAAAUGGGAACUUACGGAAUGCAAACCUGUGGACUCCUGCCGUCUUUUGGCAAAAGAGGGGAGGUCAACCACCAAAAUAUGGGCAUGAAUGUCCACUCGUACAUACCUCAAAUAGAUAACUGGACUGAUCCGAACAGAUCCUGCAGAAUAGAGCCGCCCAGUCAGAUGUCAAACUGUUCAUUUUCACAGAGCAUAAAGGAAGAGAGUAACUGCUGCAUGUACACCGAUAAGAGAGUACAAAAAGUCAGCUCGACAGAAAUCACCGCAUAUUCUAACGUUAUACCCGACCCCUGUUCAGUCGACGGUCCAGAGAUACCGGUUCCGGGUUAUUUCCGACUGAGCCAAACUUAUGCGAAUGGGAAGCAUCAGGAAAACUACUGCCAUGAGCCGCCGAGUCCGAACCCAACACUAAUGCAGCUCAGCCGGGUCACCCCGAAACCACCGUCCUCCUCGUCGUCCUCUAAUUUUGCAGAGGUGGGAAAGAAAGGUGAGGACGUCCAGCAAAACUCCGAGACCUCAAGGACAGCUCUCCCGGUAGAAAGUCCGGACCCUAAGUGCAGCUCGGAGGAAAAAACCUGCCCCAUGGAAGCGUCUGUGUCCAGUCCUGAGCUGCAGCAGAAGGAAGGGAAAGACUGCAAGAGUGACACGCCGACGAGCAACUGGUUAACAGCAAAAAGUGGCAGGAAGAAGAGAUGCCCCUACACAAAGCACCAGACCUUGGAGUUGGAGAAAGAGUUUCUGUUCAACAUGUAUCUGACCCGAGAGCGCCGCCUAGAGAUCAGCCGGAGCGUCAACCUGACCGACAGGCAGGUCAAGAUCUGGUUUCAAAACCGCAGGAUGAAACUGAAGAAAAUGAACAGGGAAAACCGCAUCCGCGAACUGACCUCAAACCUCACCUUUACGUGAGCCUGCGUGCGUCACCGCUUCUCUCUCCUUUCUUCCCCCCCUGUGUUCUGUUUGAUGCUUUAGUGGCAUUGGACGUUUAUCUUCAAUUUCAAAGAAACUGUGACUAUAUAAAUAUAUACAUGCCAUUUUAGUACUUCGUGCGGCGUCGUGUGUUUCUUUUAUCACAGGGUAGCACUUUUUAGUCUUAAAUUAUUGGAGGAGGAGGAGGUUGAUCCAACAGACAUGGGUGUUGUAUUGUAUCGCAGUGGCGAGCUGUGUGGAAAGAGUUACUCUAUUUCUGUCAUGAAAGCACAUUUAUUGUCGUAUAGUGCAACAUUUGUUUUACAGUAAGUGCAAGCCAUUUGCUCAAUAGUGAAAUGUUUCUAUGGGCCUUUUAAAGUGGCGGAAAACAAUGUUAAUCUGUGACUUUAUUGCAUGUUUGUGGCAUGU